UAUUGGCUCUUCUUUUCUCCCCUCUGCAAGCAGCCAACUCUCCAGCCACAGAGACUCAGCCCACCUUGGAGUUCUCUCCUAGCCUCUCUAGCGUUGGGGGUUGCCCAGGCCAGAGGAGAGAGAAGAGGGAAAUUGAAUACUGAGAGGGUAGCUCCCCACGACCCCCCGGAUAACUAGACGCUGUCUAUCCCCACUCCUCCCCCGCCCUCACCCUAUCUUGGUUUUACCCCACUUUCUUUCAAAAUGAACCUCAACUUCACCUCCCCUCUCCAUCCAGUGUCUUCCCAGAGGCCCACAUCCUUUUUUAUUGAGGAUAUCUUGCUGCACAAGCCCAAGCCGCUGCGGGAGGUAGCUCCUGACCACUUCGCCAGUUCCCUGGCCUCCCGCGUCCCACUGUUAGACUAUGGUUACCCCCUCAUGCCCACGCCGACCCUUCUGGCUCCUCACCCGCAUCAUCCGCUCCACAAAGGCGACCACCACCACCCUUAUUUCCUUACUACCUCGGGGGUACCUGUCUCUGCUUUGUUCCCGCAUCCCCCUCACACCGAUCUUCCGGGGAAGCACUGCCGCCGCCGUAAAGCUCGCACCGUCUUCUCCGACUCUCAGCUCUCGGGCCUCGAGAAGAGGUUCGAGAUCCAACGAUAUUUGUCCACCCCAGAGCGGGUAGAAUUGGCCACGGCGCUCAGCCUGUCGGAGACUCAGGUGAAGACGUGGUUCCAGAAUCGGAGGAUGAAGCACAAAAAACAGCUGCGGAAAAGCCAAGACGAGCCUAAGGCACCCGGCGGCCAGGAGAGCCCCCAGCGCAGCCCACACACCUCCGAGGCGGUGCCGGUUGAGCCCCGGGGUGGGCCGCCCGUAGCUGGCCCCUUCGUUCUCACUGAGCCAGAGGACGAAGUGGACAUCGGGGACGAGGGGGAGCUGGGACCCGGGCCGCAUCUACUCUGAGUUAUUGCGUCCGUGGGCAAACGGUAAAGACAGGGACCGGGGAAGGGAAGCCAACCCAUUGGGUGUCUCUUUUGAAGAGAGAACACAGACUCCUGGGUUUGAUGGAGACUAAGAGACCGAUUAGGGAUAGGGCUGCUUUUUUCCUGCUACUUUGAACGACAAACAACCCCCUCUUCUAUAAUUACAAUUCCCAUCGACCCUUCAGAGAGCGAGUUCGGCCCCUAGUCCUAUACAAGAUUUCAAGUUUCCUUCCCCACAGAUCUCCUGGUCUCCGCACCUCUUCCUGGCCAAUGUUCUCCUUUACCGGCUAGUUCUAGUUAAGGGCUGAGGAAAGGACUAAGGGUAUGUUGACACUACAGCCGCUUCCGUGGGGAUCAAAAGAGGCCUGUCCAGAAGAUACUCGAAACUGGUUGGGGAGAGAGGGAUUCCUUCUAGCCUGAGCUUCAGAACCCUUCUCAGUCCUGCCUCCUUUGCUCAGGUAUGGCUGUUCUGUUUCCAGCAACCUCGGCCCUUUCUUCCUAGAUUCGAUUGCAAAGAAGUGAAUCAGGGUUAAGAAAAAGCAACGGACAACUCUUGCUAGAGCUACCCUCUCCAGGAUCAGAGAUCAAAGAUCAAGAAUCUAUCCUCCAGACUGGCUCCCAGCUUGGGGCCUCUCGCGACAUCCCUUGAAAAAGGCGGAGGGGAUUCUUUUUCUAGUUUCUGGGUACUACUGUUCCCCAGCCUAACGUCUUUUCUGUGGAGUUAUUACUCGGCCAAUAGCUCCUACACAACCACAACUACUUUGCCACCUUAUCCCCAUCCGCCCUGAGCAGGACAGCUAGUCAAACUCAAAUCCCCAACUGUCGAAUAGCCGUUGGGAGAGAAGAGAGUACUUGAAGCGUUUCGGCUUCAGGCUCCGAUUAGCUCUCUUUGAAAGGCGGAACGGACACAUUCUCCCUGGGCCAUUUAGUAUUAUUAUUAUUAUUAUUAUUUUUUUUUUUUUAAGGAGAGAUCUCUGUAUAUUGAAAUCCUUCCUCCGGUUGCAACGUCGCCUUUUAAUUCACGUCUUUAGGAUUAGAGAAUUGUGCUUGAGGACAGAAAGGAACUCAUUUCCUCUCUUCGGAUUUGCACUUCUUCCGGCAAUAUUGGAGUGCGGGAGGGAGAGAAUCACUGUCUAUUUGGGUCUCCUCUCUCCUGCCUGGUACGGAGCUCGGUCGAACGUCGCCUUUUCUCUCGUGAGGUUUUCAGUCUGUUUAGGAAAAUAAAGGGCUCAGCGGGAUCGCUGGGAACCAGCGACAGGCUCCUGGAGUCAUUUGUUACCGAGACCUACUAAAAUGUCCCAUCCGCGCAUCUCUGCGCUUCUCCCCAACUCGUAGCCCACACUGCCUUCUUUAGGCAACUUCCCGCACCCAGUCUAGGAUAAAUGUAACUUCUCGUGGCUCUCUCCACCUCAGUGGUAAAGUCCAUUUCCCUUACUUGCGAAUUUUUAACCGUUUCAUCUAUAGAUAUGAGAUACCGCCGAAACCAACCAUUUUUA